CACUGCCCCAGAUUUCGAAGCACAUCCAAGAUGGGGAAACGAUCAAUAUCCGAGGUUGGCGACGCCGAGUUGUCCAGGAAGAAGAGCAAGAAGGAUAAGUCCGAGAAGAAGUCCAGGAAGGAGGUUGUAGAGGCAGUCGAAUCCAAUGGUGACAUCGCAGAGGUCUCUGAGGCCCAGCGCAAGGCCGCGAAGAAGGCGAAGAAGGCCGGAUCUACUCAUGUGUCAGAAGACGGGGACGCAGCAAAGGCAGCCAGGAAAGCCGCGCGCAAAGCAGAGAAGAAGGCGGCAAAGGAAGCAGCAAGCGCUGCCACAACAGCGCCUACCUCAGUCGCAACGUCAGCAGCAGCCUCCCGAGUCGAGUCUUUGGCCACGAGCCCCGAGCCCACUGCAGAUGGCGUCUAUCAGGAAGACAAGGAAUUGUCAGCGCUACCUCAGUCUGAAAUAGACGCCUUCCUCAAGAAGCACACCGUUACAAUCGACGACCCGAAGCCCGAAAAGAAAUUGCGUCCAAUCGUAAACUUCAAAUACCUGCCUAUCAAGAACGAGGCUUUCGCCAAGUUCAGUACCCCAACUCCUAUCCAGGCAGCGGUAUGGCCAUCGCUGCUUUCUGGACGAGACGCGAUCGGUGUGGCAGAGACAGGAUCUGGAAAGACGCUGGCAUUCGGUGUACCUUGUGUCAAAUACAUUCAGUCUCUGCCCAAGAACAAGCGCAAGGGCGUCAAGGCUGUGAUUGUCUCCCCUACUCGCGAGUUGGCUGUUCAGAUUUAUGAUCAGCUGGUUGUUCUGGCGGGUCCCGCUGGACUCGGAGUCGUCUGCGUGUACGGGGGUGUACCCAAGCCUCCUCAGAUUGAGUCUCUCCGCACAGCAUCUAUCGUUGUAGCCACACCUGGCCGUCUCAACGACCUCGUCAGUGAGGGCAACGCCAACCUCAGCAACGCCGACUACGUUGUACUUGAUGAGGCUGACCGAAUGCUCGACAAGGGUUUCGAGGAGCCCAUCCGCCAGAUCAUCACACAAUGUCCUAAGAAGCGCCAAACACUCAUGUUCACCGCGACGUGGCCUCCUUCGGUCCGUGAGCUAGCGUCCACCUUCAUGGUCUCACCUGUCAAGAUCACGAUCGGUGACAAUGUCUCCGGUGAACUUCGCGCCAAUAUCCGCAUCAAGCAGGUUGUUGAGGUUGUAGAUCCCCGUGCUAAGGAGCAGCGUCUGCUUCAGCUGCUCAGGCAAUAUCAGUCCGGAAAGAAUAAGGACGAUCGUAUCCUCGUCUUCUGUCUGUACAAGAAGGAGGCCAUGCGUAUCGAGCAGUUCAUCCAGCGGUCGGGCUUUAGGGUCGGCGGUAUCCACGGCGACCUGAGCCAAGACAAGCGCACGGCUUCGCUGCAAGCUUUCAAGGAAGGCAAGGUUCCGCUGCUCGUAGCAACAGACGUGGCUGCCCGUGGUUUGGACAUCCCAGCUGUGAAGGUCGUCAUUAAUGUGACUUUCCCCUUGACGGCUGAGGACUAUGUGCAUCGCAUUGGUCGAACGGGUCGUGCCGGUCAGGAUGGUCUUGCGAUUACGCUCUUCACGGAGCACGACAAGGGCCUUUCUGGAUCUCUUAUCAAUGUCCUCAAGGCCGCCAAUCAACCAGUACCGGAAGAGCUGAUGAAGUUCGGCACUACGGUGAAGAAGAAGGGUCAUGAGGCCUACGGAGCGUUCUACAAGGACACUGGUGACAUGAAGGCAGCGACGAAGAUUACAUUUGAUUAGACAUCUGAGGUCACCUCGCAGGUUGCCCGCAUACACGCUGUCUUUCCAGUCGGCGAUGCAAGUGAUUAGCUGCAUUGCCCUGCAGCUCAGGCGGGGAUCGUUUUAACAUUACCUAGCGGAGGCGUUUCGGCACACUUCAAAAGUCUCAACUUAGACCGCUACUGUUUGAAUAUACGGUGUUUGUUGCAGGUUCGAGCACAUGAAAUUUAC